UGUCAGUGUCAGAUUCAACUCUGUGUAGGUGUAUUGUACUGUCAAGUUUAUCGCGAGUGCAGUAUUAUAUUUUCUGCGAAACUGUUGAUAAACCGCAAUAACAAUGCGGUAAAACAAACCAUAAUGAUACGGGUAGUGCAGUUAUCGCAUUAAACCGGCUGCUGAGUGUGGGAAAGUUUCUCAGAUAAACUGCCAUUACAAUAAGCCAAAUGCUUUCAAACUUAACUGAAGUUAAAUUAUUGGCGUCAACAAACUUCAUACAUUCUGCUAAUCAUGAUGCAACUGGCGGCAUGGUAUCAGAAGAAGAUCAGCUCGUACGACAAGGAAGAAUGGGAGACGAUGGUGGAGCAGCUGCUGAUGCGCGGCACGUACCGCCGCCGCAUCGUCGACUUCUCCUCGCACUCGCGCUCGUACCUCAUUGACGUGGACCUGGUCAGAGGUUCAUCAUUCCCCAAAGCAAAGCCGACUUUAUCCAUGCGCCGGGUAGUAUGGUUCGCACUCGCACGGCUUCUCUUCCUACCGGCGUUAUAUGCAUGGUGGGCGCAGCAGACGUCGCCGAGCUGCGCGCGCGUACUGCUCGCGUUGUGGACAGUGCAGCUCGCCAACAUUGUGCUGUACUUCACGGCGCCCACGGACUCUGUUGACCCUAACUGCUGGAUGGUGCCGGCGGGCCUCAUGGUCGUCCUGAGCAUCGUGCACUCGCAGAUCGUGAGCACCACCGAGAUGGAGCUCGCGCGCGUCCGCCCGCGCGCCACCUACCGCCGGAAGUUGCCGCGAUAUUUCCGGAGAGCGCGUUCGGAAUGCGACGGCGGCAGCGCGGGCGGGUCAGGAGAGAGCGGCGCCACGUCCACCCACAGCAAGCCGAGCGCCAAGCCGCCCAAGUACCGGCGCCGCCAGUGUCGGCCCGACGUGUCCAGCACGGUACUCAGACAACGUAAAAACAAAGAAUUGACGAAGGAAAACCUCAUCAAAAACAUGGAGCCCAUCGUUAAAAAAGCCAUGAAAGCCAAAGAUUCUGAUGACGAAGAUUACAUGGCGUGGUCAAAACCUGACGUUUCCACCCCCAUAGUCACAUUUACCCCACCGCCAGACGAAGUUGCACAACCCUCAUUCUCUUAUAAGAAUGUAUUAACUAAGAAAAGGCUCGAAAGUUUCAAUGUGCAGGGCCAUAUGAACCUAGCGAGAGCUAUGUUUGCCGAGGGUGACGAUGGCUUUGAAAGCCUGAACGGAUAUUACUCCAACGGCAGCGACGACCGACCAAAGGAAAAACUAGUCAACGAACAAAAACCAGUGAUCGAACCAAGUAUUAAACCAGUUCCUAAUCUACUUAGAAAUCUUGAAAGGCUGAAGAAGGAAGAUGAUGAGAAAUCGGAGAAGAGUCUGGAGUCUGACGGCUCCGUGCCGGCUCCUGAGGGCAAGAGGGUUGGGGUGCGGUUCAAGAAGUCGUGGGCCGCGGAAACCAUACCCCGGGAGAGUAGCGACGAAGAAUAUACUAUUAAGAAGAAAAAUAAGAAAUUAGAUAAUUACCAGUCAUCGUCGUCCGACGGCGAGUGCUCGGCGUCGGCGCCAUCCAUCGCACUGCCGUCGCACCAUACAAUGUCGGACUGGGUUGGCCAAACUACUAACAGUGAAGAAAGCAGCUACGGAUCUCAAUCGGAGGGUGCCCAUUCGGACGUGGGGUUCCACUGUGCCGACAGCUCGUGGGACCCCUUCGCUUUGCUUGACCCUACUAGUGAUACAGUGAAAUGCACCAUGUGGGAGCGCGGAUCGACGCUGCGCGCAGAGCUGUCGGCCGUGGACAUCAGCUGGUACGUGGUGGCGCGGGCCGAGCGCGCCAUGGCGGCCGCCGGCUGCGCGUGGGCCGGCCUGCUCAUGGCCGCCAGCGUGGCGCUCGUGGCGCCCGCCGCCAGGCUCAUCCAGGUUGCCAUAGAACAAGAUACUAGAAGUGAGGAGGAGCUGCAAUCGCUGUCGCUACUGACUUACAUUCCCUCGUUGAUCUGCAACUAUAGUCAGGGAUCUCUGAUCUCAAUAUUUAAUGGUGCUUUUGGUGACAAUAUAUGGGAAAUAACGACGAAUAUGAUUUCAUGCGCACUCCGCUUCGCGCUCAGCGGGCUUGUGUUUUUCCUAUUGGCCGUGGCAGAGAGGGCCUUCAAGCAGCGGUUUCUCUAUGCGAAACUUUUCUCCCAUUUGACUUCGGCGAGACGGGCGAGGAAGAGCGAGUUGCCACAUUUUAGACUGAAUACCGUGAGGAAUAUCAAGACUUGGCUCUCCACUCGGUCAUAUUUACGGCGCCGCGGACCUCAGCGCUCAGUGGACGUGAUCGUGUCCGCCGCCUUCAUGCUCACAAUAAUAUUGCUUGCAUGCGUCAGCGCUCAUCUACUCAGGGACUCCAUAACCCUCGAAUCAAGCUGGCUUCUUGAAGCUCUCGUCUGGAGCAGCUGCCUUGGCAUCUACCUCCUCCGCCUUCUAACCCUGGGCAGCAACGUGAACCGCAAGUACCGCGGCUGCCUGUCCGCCAUACUGACGGAGCAGAUCAACCUGCACCUGGCCAUCGAGCAGCGCCCGGAGAGCAAGGAGCAGCUCACGGUCGCCAACAACGUGCUCAAGCUCGCCGCCGACUUGCUCAAAGAACUGGAUUCGCCAUUCAAGAUAUCUGGAAUAUGUGCCAAUCAUUACUUAUACACUAUAACAAAGGUAGUCAUACUGUCUGCCCUCUCUGGGGUCUUGUCGGAAAUGUUAGGCUUCAAGUUAAAACUACACAAAAUCAAAAUCAAAUAAUAUAAUUAAAUAUUUUACCGUUGUAAAUGCAUGUUGUUCAGCUAGUAAUUUUCUUAUCAAGGUUGUUUACGUUUCUAGUUGAUGGUGUAAGUUACAAUAUGAAACUUUGUAGUAGGUUUUAAGCGAAUGAAACGACUUUUGAAUGUUGUCUAGCAAGGACAUCACUUAGCCAUAAAUGGAGCAUUUAUAACGACUCACGCCGCCGAUCUGCUUAGAUACCUACACGAUAAAUAUAAUAGGUACAAACAAUACGCGCGUGAAAAUGGGUAUUAGUACAACAGAAAUUCAGUUUAAUUUUAAAACAUAUUUAAUACCGCGAUCGCGAAUUUAUUUUGUUCUUUUAAAAUGUGUUCAAAAGGCGAAAGUUUAAAAUGUUAUAGUUCAAUUUCAUGCCAUGAAAGGCACUCCAAAAUGUAUAAUCUGUGGAAGAUACCCUAUUUUUUUUUAUUACCUUGUGUCUGGGCAUUUUCAUUUAAAAGUGUACCAUUUACUUUUUUUCGAAAAACCAAUCAACUUUUGGGUUAUUUCUACUCACAAUCACGAGGACUAUCAAUUUAAAAAGGAAAAAAGUGUUCCAAAAAAUUACAGUUUUAUGACGCAUUUUGACAUACCUACAUUUUGUAUGGGCCGUCCCAAAACUUACACCUAAAUUUGUAUGAAAAACUUUUCUUUGUUUCAAUCAAUAAUCCUCGUGAUUCGUCGAAAUAAAGUUGUUAGGUUAUCGAAAAAAAAGUAAAUUUUUACAAUUUUUUCUAGAAAGUCUACUUAAAAAUGCUAAUAUUAUAAUUUUAAUUAUAAAUAAUAAUUAUUAUUAAACGUGUAUGCAUUGUAGCCAAAAUAGUGCACAAAAUUGUUGCACAUAGUUCAGUGUUCCUCCCUUUUUUGCUGUUCAACAAUGUGCAGCCUUAGAAAAUAUCUCUAUAACUAGAAAUACUUGUAAGUGACCUAUUAUUUUUAAGUUUAAAAUCAAUAUAUAAUAAUUGUGAACAAUUAUCAAAAUUUUAUCUACAGCAGAAGCAGAGCCUUGUUCUCUUGGUAAUAAUAUACCAAUAUGAUUAUAUUGUUCACGUAGCUAUUUCUGCUGUCGAUUAUGCAUGCCAUGGUACUAACACUACUAACUAACAAGAUAUAUAGUUGACCAAAUAUAGUUUGCACCGAUUAGUCAUAUACUUUAUUUUUUCGAAUACAAAAAGACAAAAGAACGAGCAGUGUCGGCAAAGUACAUGCCAUCCAUAUGUGUUAUUGGUUUUAUUAGCCUAUGGUAACCAUUUCGAGCGAUAACACUCAUCGGUGUAAAUAAUAUUUCUUCAACUGUACCAUUUUUCCACACAUCUGACAAUAUGUAACCUUUACCGAUGCUCAGUUGUUUUUCAAGAUCAUGAAAGCCUGACUUACUUUAUAUGUAAUAAAACUAAUACCUAAAGUAAAAAUGAACUUCUUAUAGACGUAUAAUAGCAGAAAAAUUUCCUUUGAUAUUUCACUAUCGUUUUGAUCUCAAUUUACCACUAAAUAUAUGUUUACUUGAGUUAGUGUUGAUAUCGAAAACCUGUGUAACCUCUGCCUUAUUAUCAUAGCAAAUUUUGAGUUUAUCAAGGUUUUUGAGCUAAAUAUUAUUGUAACUGGGGCUUUUCCGCCAUUAGUUAUCUAGCUAGUACGAUUAACAUCUAAUGAUGCUGUAAUCAAGUAGGAUGAUUCUCAACAAAGUCAAAACAUAAGACGUUAUUUAUCUAAAUGUAUGGAUCAUGGACGUCAUGGUCAAAGCUAUCUACUUUGUCGGUUGUCAGUAACUUAUAUUGGAAAAAUGGAUAUUUUGCUUGACAACAUCACCAAUAUUAACUUGGGAGCACAAUUGAUUUUCUCGGUAACUCGUGGCGAAAAUGUCCAUUUCCUUAAAUUAGUACCUAGAUGUAGAAUUGUACGUAGGUGUGUUAGUAGUAGUAGUUUAAAUAAUUCUUGUUACAAUGUGAAAAUUGUGAUAUUUUUAUGGACUGGGUUUAAGAUGGGACAGAUGUGGGGUGAAAAAUAUCGUUGCGUCGAAGGAUUUGUCUUAAUAGCUACGUACUGGGUAAAAAUUCCAGUUGUAGCAACAAGUUGGUAGUGAGAAAUGAUAAGUACGAGUAUCAUGGAUAUUUGUAUUUCAUGAAAUCUACUUUUCCAAUUAUGAUUAAUGUAUUAAAGUUUAAUAACGUAGUCGUCUUUUUUGGUUAUACGAGUAGUUGUUCAAGUAAAAGACAGUUUUUAUUAGAGAAUAAAUAAAAAUAAUGCAACAUCAUGUGUCUUAGAAGUGUAAGGUAGAAGUACUAGUGCUCGACGCUGCACUAGUAUUCAACAUGGGCACUUUUAUGUCAAAGGGACAAGGAUUAAAUUCGAAUACAGGAAAAUCUUCGUUGUUCAAAUUUAACCUAUAUUUCCAUGAAAUAAAGUGCCCAUGUCGGUGACUAGUGCAGCGUCGAGCAUUAGUACUUCUACCUUAUUCCUUUUUAUCAGGUUGCCAUACCAACAAAUUCACAGCAACCAUUUAAAUUCAUUAGGUUGGUUAUUUGGCCAGUGCAGUAGAUUCUGAAUUGUUCCUAGUUUGUGUGUAGUUAAAUAAUAAGUCACACUUAAAUAUUGCUAUUCUAUUUUUAUAAGUAGAUCUAACUUGAGGUCUAACUUCCGGGAGGUCCUAUCCGAUAUAUAUGUUAUAUCCGAUAUCUGACCAUUGAGACGAUAUUUUAAGAAUUGGUGUGUUAGAAUAUCAUGUCCGAUAAUUUUAUGCCAGAGAUUCUCCGGAACAAAUUGUAGCUAGCAUGUCAAGAAAAGAGCUCGGAAUCGCUUUUCGCUUGACAUGCAAGAUUCAAUUUGCAAAAAUAGUAAAUAAUUAUCAAAUUCUUGCCAAACUCUCCGAAUCCAAGUUUAAGGACUCGAUUCGUGUUGUGGCAGUUUUCUGGCACGACGCUAUUUUUCUAUCAAAUAAUUUUAUGACUGACGUGUUUUCUCGUAUUUUAGGACUGAAUAAGAGUUCUAUUUAACUCGAAUAAUUUACGUAUGAAAACAUAUAUACGUGUAGGGCUGUGAUCCGAUUCGCCUCCGUCUACCCUAUGUGUCCAGACUAGCUCGCUCAAUCACGCUUUUAUCAGACACAACACGCGAGCAUAUUAGGUGCGAGUGCUACGAACGAACUUCUACAUAGACCAGGUACUUGCUGGUCAGGCAUGAAUGGUGUAUCCUAUGUUAUACAACGACCAAAAUAUGUGACCGCGGCCGGCAAAACGCCCUACUUUGACGCUUGCCAUAAGGACGAGAUUUGCUUGUAUCUUUAUACGAAUAACCUGACAAGGCGUCCUUAUGGCAAGCGACAAAGUGGGACGCUUAGUCGGCCGCGGUCACAUGUUAUUAAUAAUGCCCUAACGGCAACAGGUCAACCGUGGGUUGAACCAAAUAUUGUCUGGCAUAAACGUGAUGUUGCAAAUGUAAACAUUUCUCAGUGAUCUUUCACAAUCGUAGAAUAGCUGCAUAGGUGCUUAUUAUUUUAUCUGUUGCUGCACAUUAAUGUGCUAUAUAAAGAACUUUUUGAAAAUAGGUAGUAUCAAGAUAAUCUAGUAAGUAUAAGAUGCAUGAAAUGCGAAUUUGAAUAAAUUUUAUCCACCUA